AUGAUAUCACCCAUUACUAUUAAGAUCGUAAUCAUUGGAGUCGGCAUCAUUGGACCCCGCCAUGCUGCACACGUCAAGAAAAGCAAAUCCACUGAGCUUUUCGGAAUUGUUGAUCCGUCCGCUGCUGGUCCCAAAGUUGCUAACGAAUUGCAAGUACCACAUUUCAACUCAAUCCAGGAAAUGAUCCAGGAAUGCGAGGGAACCGGAACUCAGUAUCCGGAUGGUGCUAUAGUUUGCACACCUAACUCCACUCAUGUAAAAAUAUCGGCAGAAUUGGCUUCGCAUGGAAUCCAUUUGCUUGUUGAAAAGCCAUUGUCCCCCACACCAGCUGAGGCAAUGGCGCUCAAAAACUAUUGCGACCUGAAGGGCGUGAAACUUUUGGUGGGACAUCAUAGGAGAUUCAACCCUCAUAUUGUAGCAACCAAGGAGAAUUUGCAUAAGGUUGGCAAGAUCAUUGCUAUCCAAGGAACCUGGACUUUAAGAAAGCCCUCUGCGUAUUUCGAAAGUGCUGCAUGGAGAACUGACAUAAGUACUGGUGGAGGGGUCUUACUUAUCAAUUUGAUCCAUGAUAUAGAUCUCUUACAGUACAUGUUUGGACCAAUUGAAAGAGUGUACGCAGAGCUCCUUUCCAAGCAGAAAUUGCAGUACCCAAACGUAGACGAAGGGGCAUGCUUAACAAUAAGGUUCAAGAAUGGAAUUUGCGGAACUUUUGUAUGCUCAGACAGUGUUACUUCACCAUUUAACUUUGAAAGUGGGACUGGAGAGAAUCCAACUAUCCCAUACAACGAUGGGUUAGAGGGGUUAUAUAGGAUUUUCGGUACCGAUGGUACGUUGUCAGUGCCCGAUUUCAACUUAUACCAUCAAAAUUCAAGUGAGAAGCAAGAGGAGCCUUCGUGGUUGAACCCUAUUCAAAAGGAAUGUAUCAUAGAAAAUCGUGACGAAAAACUUCUCACACAGCAACCAUUUGACUUGCAAUUGGCACAUUUUGUUGAUGUGAUCCGUGGUAACCAGGAGCCAUUCUGCAGUGCAUUGGACGGUAUGUCUUCACUGCUUUGCAUUCAGGCUGUGCUCAAUAGUAUUGAAACGGAACUCCCGCAAAGAGUACCUGACUGUGAGAGUAUUAAGCCUGACUAUAGUUCAUUAGGUGUCAAGACAUUCCCAUUGGAUAAAAAAUUAAACAGUUGA